UCUGAGCCUCCGGUCAGCCUGCGAUUCUGUCUCCUAGGUCUGAUUGAUGACUACAAGAACCUCCACGGCAACACCCCUGCCCCAGGCCCCUCAGCCUCUUGCCGCUGGCAGCCGCCCGUCUACAACAGCAGCAGGGCCUUUGGGGCUCGCUACCCUCGUCCCAGCCGGAGGGGCUUCUCCACGAGCCAUGGGCCUUCGUGGCGCAAGAAAUACUCCCUCGUGAAUCGACCCCCGGGACCCUUGGGCCCACCUGGCACCUCCUUGGACCCACCCAGUGAUUCCUUGGACCCACCCGGGGACUGUGCUGCGCACCCCACCCUUGGGGCUGGAGGCAGCCAGGACCCCACCCCCCAGCAGUAUGUCCUGGAGAGGCAGGUCCAGCUCAGUGCUGACCAGAGCAUGGUCAUCAAGAUCAAACCCCCGUCCCAGCCCAGCGUGGCUGGUGCUGCAGGUGCCCCCCGGGGCUCCUCGAAAGAAUAUGAGGACCCUCCUUGGAGUGACCGCAGGCCUCGGGGAGGGGAGGGCGAGCCCCCUGGUGGGCAGCGCCCGCCCUCAAAGCCAGGAAGGGCCAAGGGGGCCUACAGCACAGAGGACUGCCAGCUGGUCUGCCAGAAGGAGGCCGGCAAGCCCCGGGUGGUGAAGUCUGUGAGCAGCUUGAGCGACAGCCCCUCGGAGUCCCGGCGGACGGUCAGUGAGAGCGCCAUUUCCGUCAAGGCCUGCCUCCUGCCUCCCCCCGGGCCCCAGCGCAGUGGCGUGGCCCUGACUGUGAAGGUGAGCUCGCACCCUGUGGCCAGCUGUGCUGCACAGCUCCUUGGGGACAGGAGAGCCGAUGCCGGCCACCCCGAUCAGCCAGCUCACUCUGGCUCUGUGGCAGGCCCAGCCCGACCAGCUUCUGGACCCAGGCAGGCCCCGGAGGCCUCGCUGCUGGUGUCCUGUCAAAACAACAAGUUCCGGAAAAACAACUACAAAUGGGUGGCUGCUUCGACGAAGAGCCCCCGGGCCCCUCGCAGGGCCCUCAGCCCCAGAGCAGCUGCGGAGAACGUGUGUACAUCGGAGCGAGCGGAGAAGCUGCAGCCCAGAGCCGACCCGGAGACCAAACCCAAGAAGCCGGCCGUGUGCCCCGCGGGGGCUCCCCGCAGCAAGUACAAGUGGAAGGCCUCCAGCCCCUCGGCCUCCUCCUGCUCCUCCUUCCGCUGGCAGUCGGAGGCUGGCAGCAAGGACCAUGCCUUCCAGCUCUCUCCAGUCCCUUCUAGGUCCCCCCCGGGGGACAAGCCAGCAGUGGGACCCAGUGGCUUGAAGCCCCUCUUCAGUGAGGCCUCAGGGCUCUCGGCUUACAAAGUGAAGAGCCGCACCAAGAUCAUCAAGAGGCGGGGGAGCGCCAACCUUCCUGGGGACAAGAAGAGCAGCCCCCCGCCAACUGCCACCGCCAAGAGCCAGUUCAGCCUGCGCAGGAGGCAGGCCCUGCGGGGGAGGAGCGGCCCUGUCCAGAAGAAGACCCCCCCCAAGGGCCUGAUGCAGGUCACCCGGCACCGGCUGUGCUGCCUGCCUCCUGGCCGCACCCACCUCCCCCUCAAGGAAGCCUCCAACCUGAACGCCCUGCCGGCCCCGGCCACCAGCAAAGUGAUCAAGACCCGGUACCGCAUCGUCAAGAAGACCCCGGUGUCGCCUUUCAGCGCAUCCCCCUUCCCCCUUUCCCUGCCUUCCUGGCGGGCUCGGCGGCUCUCCCUGUCCAGGUCCCUGGUGCUAAAUCGCCUGCGCCCUGCCCGCGGGGGUGGGAGAGUCCAGCUCGGCUCCCCCCGCUGGCGGGACAGAGGCUACCGCUGUAUCGGAGGGGUGCUCUACCGGGUGACGGCCAACAAGCUCGCCAAGACUCCCGGCCGGCCCAGUGCUGAGGGGGCCUGCAGGCCCCUCCUGCGUACAGCCUCUGUUCCCAGGGAAGGCCCCUCGGGCAGGCCACAUGAGUACUGCAUGUACUACAACCGCUUCGGCAGGUGCAACCGCGGCGAGCGCUGCCCCUACAUCCACGACCCUGAGAAGGUGGCCGUGUGCACCAGGUUUCUCCGGGGCACAUGCAAGAAGACGGACGGGACCUGCCCCUUCUCCCACCAGGUCUCCAAGGAGAAGAUGCCCGUGUGCUCCUACUUCCUGAAGGGGAUCUGCAGCAACAGCGACUGCCCCUACAGCCACGUCUACGUGUCUCGGAAGGCGGAGGUCUGCACCGACUUCCUCAAAGGCUACUGCCCGCUGGGCGCCAAGUGCAAGAAGAAGCACACCCUGCUGUGCCCCGACUUCUCCCGCAGGGGCUCCUGCCCCCGGGGCGCCCAGUGCCAGCUGCUCCACCGCAACCAGAAGCGCCCCGGCCGCCAGGCAUCUGCACCCCCAGCCCCGGAGCCCAGCAACGUGCCUCCCAGGAGCAGGGCCUCCACUGGCCAUGGGCCCAGGUCCUUCUCCCCCUCCCCCUCUUCUCCCUCCCCCUCCUCCUCCCCCUCCUUAGACCGGGAGGAGCCGGUGCUCCAGGAGGAGGCUGCCUCUGCGGGGAAGGGCUCCGGAGGCCUCUCCAAGCUGCCUUCCUUCAUCUCCCUGCAGUCCACGCCCAGCCCAGGCGGCCAGCCCAGGGCCCCGACCACCAGGAGCGCCCCCGCCAAGGACUCAGGGAAACCUCUGCACAUCAAACCCCGGCUGUGAGGGCCCAGGGUGCCAGCCCACGCCUACCUCAGCCCUCCGCGCUGGACAGGAAGGAGGCUACCCACCGCCACCGCCCCAGGAGGGCUGCCUGCCACCAGACGCCCUGGGGGCUGCUGGGCCAUCGCUUCCUCUGGGAGCCCCUGUCGCCAUGCCACAGCUCACGGACAGCCGCUGCCCACGGGUCCUCUGGGAGCCCCUGUCGCCAUGCCACAGCUCACGGACAGCCGCUGCCCACGGGUCCUCUGGGAGCCCCUGUCGCCAUGCCACAGCUCACGGACAGCCGCUGCCCACGGGUCCUCUGGGAGCCCCUGUCGCCAUGCCACAGCUCACGGACAGCCGCUGCCCACGGGUCCUCUGGGAGCCCCUGUCGCCAUGCCACAGCUCACGGACAGCCGCUGCCCACGGGUCCUCUGGGAGCCCCUGUCGCCAUGCCACAGCUCACGGACAGCCGCUGCCCACGGGUCCUCUGGGAGCCCCUGUCGCCAUGCCACAGCUCACGGACAGCCGCUGCCCACGGGUCCUCUGGGAGCCCCUGUCGCCAUGCCACAGCUCACGGACAGCCGCUGCCCACGGGUCCUCUGGGAGCCCCUGUCGCCAUGCCACAGCUCACGGACAGCCGCUGCCCACGGGUCCUCUGGGAGCCCCUGUCGCCAUGCCACAGCUCACGGACAGCCGCUGCCCACGGGUCCUCUGGGAGCCCCUGUCGCCAUGCCACAGCUCACGGACAGCCGCUGCCCACGGGUCCUCUGGGAGCCCCUGCUGGGACCUGGAGGCCUGCAAUUGAGUCGCCCUGGAGAAGGGGAGGGGCUGGCCGCAGACCCCGGAGGUACAGAGCUGUGACCACUGCUCUGUCCUCCCACCUGCCCACCAGGCUCUGGACCUGAACAGGGCCAGGCAGGGUAAAGGUGCCCCCCUGCCUGUCCCUCAUGGCCACGCCACCAUGACUUGUGGGGAAAGGCCCAAGGGAGCCAGGGGCCAUGACUGCAGCUGGCUGGGAUGGGGUCCCCACACCGAGUCCCCCCGGA